GCACACCUUUGUGCACGAACCACACUUAAAUUUCAUUUUUGGUAAUGAUUGAACUGUCAGGCAGAAUUAGUGUAUAAUAGUACUAAAUAGAUUUUUAAAAUCUUUUUUAGCUUUUAGUUUUCAAGUUUAUUCAGGGUUGAUUCAGCUCUGUGGUCAACAAGAGAAAUCUGCAGGUGAGGUCACCUCAGUCUAUAUUGAAUUUCAAUGUAUCAGCCCUUUGAGCCUGUAUUGUAACUAGCACAACAUUGUUUUGGCAAAUCUAGUAGGGGAAAAUUUGUGUACUCACAUAUGUCUUUUCCCUUGACCUUUAACACAAUUAAGAAUGAAGGCUGGGGUGUCUUGCAUAAUGUAUGGUGUAUCAAGAACUUGUACAAUCAUGUACAAUCUUUUCUUACAGCUGAGGCUCAUACAGUGAAGAUGUUCCCCAACAUCCUUGAUCAGGGAUUUGUAGACGUAACUGACCCAGCUUGUCUGCAUGCCGAGUUGUGGGGCGACUUUUUCUCCAAAGUCAUCUCCUGCUGGAUCCCUCUCCUCAUGUCUACUGUUGUGGUUGGGCGCGAUCUUCUAGGAUCUAGUAUCCAGUGCUUCCCCUUGAGUCUUGUCCAUUCAACAGUGCAGUCUGAGAAUGAAACCUGUGUUAACUCAACCAACCAUGCUUUCAGUGGUGUAUCACUUUAUACCCGGCAACUUUCUGAGUUUGUUAACACUUACUGUGCUGGAAAGAAUUCCUUUCCUCAAGACACAGUUUUUAACUAUCAGUUCUUUGCCAUGAUGUUGGUUAUUCAGGCAGGCCUUAUGUAUGUAUCAUUUUUGAUUUGGAAUCUUACUAAGGGCAGGGAGAUCAUUUGUAUUGUAAGAUUCAUUGCACAUGACAUGGAGGUGCUGUAUGACCGAUUUAGGAAGAAAUAUCAAGUUCAGACUGGAGGACAGGAGGUGGGGGCCCAAGGAAAUAUACAAUCAGAUGCUCAGAGGCAGACUGUGCCUGUGUAUGGGCAAGAGGAGUUAGUAGAAGCAGAAAAGCAAUGGAGAGCAGACUGUACCAUGUAUAAAUGGUAUUUGAUCAAGCAAGUGAUGUCCAUACUCUUUUCAGUGGCUUUCUUUGUAAGCUACUGGUUCCAGCCCAUUUCUAUACACAGCAUACGUGAUAAGUUCCCAUGUUCUGUGGAAGAGAAAUUUUCUGUAACCUGCACAGUGCCUGCAGCAACAGUACACACAUUUGUAUGGGUUACUAACAUGGCUCUACUUGGUAGUAAUGUACUGAUGAUACUAAUUCACAUAAGCGUGCUUUAUUUCCGUGCUGAGGACCAGCCAUUUAGAGAGAUUGGCAUUAGAAAUGCGGCACCAAAAGAUCCGCAGUCUUGUCUGAAAUGUUUCCCAUAUUUCAAUGAUAGCUGCUUGAUGCAUGCUUUUUUCAAAGCCAACAUUGAAUCUGUUGAGAAGUACAAUUAUGUGAAAAACCUUCUCAAGGUAGCACCAAGUAGGCCAGAGUCAUAAAAUCCAAUGGCAAGAUUGAGAGGCCACCAAUUUGAAAGUUCUUUGAACAUGUAAUAUAUGAAGGGGUCAGCAAAUUUUUAAAGCUGUUGUUUACUAUUAAGUCAAUGUUAAGAGUUUAUCAACAAAUAUUUCAAUUGUUUUUUCCACGUCCAGUUUAUUGAUAUACAAUAUAUUUUGAACAUUUUUUAACUGUUCACUUUUGUUUACAAUGGUCAUCUCUUGAUGAAAUUUGUGCUGGUGGUUUGUUUGAGAAUUGUAGAAUGAAAUCUUAAAAAGUUUUCAAUAGUAAUUAAUUAUAAGUUUAACUUAGUAUUAGGUUAGAUAUUCAUGCUGACCUGGUAAGACAUAGUGUUUGAAGACUUAUAGGUGCACCUACAGUGUAAAGUAAGAAUUCACAAUAGGUGAUACACUGUCAAUAAAUCAUUCUUGACAACAGAA